ACUGCAAUCGGAACUCUUCCUAAAGGAGAGCUGCUACUCUGCAACCAUGUCGAAGCGUGGAAGAGGAGGAACCUCUGGUAACAAGUUCAGGAUGUCACUGGGUCUUCCAGUGGCAGCCACCGUGAACUGUGCUGACAACACCGGAGCCAAGAACCUUUACAUCAUCUCCGUUAAAGGUAUCAAGGGUCGUCUUAACCGUCUGCCAUCAGCCUGUGUUGGUGACAUGGUUAUGGCUACUGUCAAGAAGGGUAAACCUGAUCUCCGUAAGAAGGUUCUGCCUGCUGUCAUUGUUAGGCAGAGGAAGCCAUGGCGCCGGAAGGAUGGUGUCUUCAUGUACUUCGAAGAUAAUGCCGGUGUCAUUGUCAAUCCCAAGGGUGAAAUGAAGGGUUCUGCUAUCACUGGACCAAUCGGAAAGGAGUGUGCUGACCUGUGGCCAAGGAUCGCUAGUGCUGCAAACGCUAUCGUUUAAAUUCUAUCUUUUUGUGCUUGUUGAACUCGUCACUGUUGAGGAUGCUUUGUUUUUGUCAUAGACUUGUGUUAUGCCUUAAUCUUGAUUCUAGUUUCUAUAAAAUUUUGGUUUCUCGUGCCAGUUAUUAUGAUUUGGUUCACUA